GUGGGGCACGUUGGUUCUUUAUCGCCAGCUGUCGCAGUCACAUAUUCCCGGAAGAAUCGAGUCCCUAGAUCUACGAAAUCAAAGAAACCCCUGUGUAAAAAAAAUUAAGAAAAAGAACGGAGACGUUAAAAAACAGAGCUUCGAUUUUCGAUACUUAUCUCGACGGCAAUAAUGAGGUCGAUUCGGCAAAACGUCACGCGAGUUGAGUUUUCUUUUUUCGGUUAAAUUGGUUAUGAGAAUACUUUAUGCGCCAUGGAGUAAUUCCAGGGGAGAGUUUUAAGACGCGAGGGGGGGUACUUAUCGGUUCUCGAAGUUUCUUGGAGAAGUCGUUAGGGGGGCUUCGGGAGUUUCUGGGUUUUCAAAUAUUCCGAAAAAAAAUUCUUGGAGGUCCAAGCCCCAGCUCUCGAGGUUUCCGAAAUUCGAGCCAGUGCAUACCACGAGGACUUUCUCGUCGAUACAUCACGUCUCGACGUAGGGCCCGCAGGUAGAGACUGGAAAAGGGACUUUUCCGGCGUUGUCAAGUGUCCGAGAGAAGGCCGAACGGCAACGGCGCACAAAAAUCCAGACCAAAACAUCUCUAGUCCCCUUUGCGACACCGCGCUGCGAGUUGCGCUCGAAAGUGCGCAGGGAGUUGAAAAGAAAGAAAAAGUUAUCUUCCAGAAAAUGUUAAGUAUAUAGUAACUUCGUGUCAAUUUACCAGAGAUUGUAGAGCACCGAGUGAAUGGGACAGAGUACAGAUUAAAAGUACACGGAUAAGAAGGGGCAGCGAUAAGGUCGAAGGAGUCGAAGAAGUCGGGGGAAGAACUAGUCGCCGAAAAGGCGCGAGGAAACGGGAGGUACGGGAAUAGCGUUUCACCUCUAAGGAAUAUUUCCUUAUGUACCGCGAGGCAGAAUUUUGAAACCGCUCCGAUAAAUCGUACUUCGAGGAAGGAGAUAAGGCAGAGAAGAUAACUCGGAAAGGGGUAAGAAGAAAGGUUGGAAAUUAUUUUUCGAGUCCCGGCCAAGUGGAUGUCGAGCGCUGGUGAAGAGGACGCGAUCGUUGCCGAAUAAUUCGACGAGUCGAAGAAAUCGAAGGGCGGAAGUCGGCUGGGAAGAAUCGAUAUCUCGAGGUCGUCUUUGAAAAUCCGACCAUGGGAUCGGCUUUAGGAGAGGGAUGGAACGACACCUUUACUACAUGGGAAAUGAGCUCCACGAUGACGACUCCUGGUAUAAUACACGCAAUACAGUCAGGAAUAGUCCCGAAAAGGCACGUGACCUUUGCCUCGCAAAUGGUCCUCACCCUGGUCUAUAUAACCGGGGUCAUCGGUAACAUAUCGGCGCUGGUCAUCCUCUUCCACCGAGAUAAGAGAAGAAACAGGAAACACUUGUUGAUGCUGCGUUGCUUGGCAGUCAACGAUUUGGUGGCAUUGCUGGGCAUGUUGGUACAGAUGUACGUGACCAUUUACGUUGGACAAGUCAGCUCCACCAGGGCGUUUUGUUCUCUUCGGGUCGUGUGGCGCCUCUUCGGCCUCUUCAGCGGCUGCGUCGCCAUCGUCAUGGCUGGUGAAAGAUGGUUGGCUCUGACCAGACCCUUCGUUUAUCAGAAGCAGGUGACGUAUCCUGUAAUCGUGCGAUGUAUGCUGGCAUUGUGGUUGGCAGCCUUGGCUUUGAGCAGCUUACCCCUCCUGGGCUUCGGGCUGUACUUCAAGGGCGACAAGUGCGUCCGUUACAGGGAGGCCAUGGAACCAGGGGAUGUGGCCUACGCCUACGUCUCCUUCUUCUUCGGGACCGUUCUCUGCCUCUGCAUCGUCUGGUGUAAUCUGGCGGUCUCGAGAGCCCUGGGCAGACUGGGUCGCCGGGGUGGAGGAGAGAUCAGAAGGAUCUCAAGGGCCUCUUCGAGGGCGAAACCUCUUCUUACCCUGGCUGGACCGCCACCGGAAGUCGUGGCCACUGCCGAGGAACGCGCCUUUGCCAGACUGAUGGCGGUCUUGUCGAUCUCCUUCGUGGUCUGCUGGAUGCCGCAAAUGAUCUCGAUCCCAUUGGCCCAGUACUCGAUUAGGUUGCCGGAAACGGCGACCUUAGCUCGGCGAUGCAUCCGGGUGUUUCACGUGGCUGCCGAUAUCCUGCUGUGCAUACACUUUACUCUUGAUCCUUACAUUUACGUACUUCUUCGCAUGCCUCGGCCCAGAUUUCCUCUGUUGAAGUACCUCUGUCGGAUCUGCUGGCCCGUCCGAAGCCGCGCCAGCUCCUUCACCGGCGAAACAGGUACGACGGACCAUCCCUGCAGCAGUGCAGAUCCCCCUACACCGAUUACGGAGGCGCCCUCCACCCCUGUCAGUGAGGAAAACGAGCCACCCUUGAUCUCCGUGUCCGUCUGACAAUGCACCCUAAAAAUGGGCAAGAUUGUUCAGAGAACAAGGAAGGAACGACAAAGACGCGACACUGGCAGGACCAUAGGAUAGGUGUGACAAAUCGUCAAGAUGUCAUUGCGUACACGACUAUCGAUGACACUUAUCGACACCUGUCCCUCUAAGUGGUUGGAAACCCGCGACAAUACGAAGAUCAUGCUUAUGCUGGCCAUGCUUUAACACAUAAUUGGCCCUUUCACAAAUUCGAGCCUCAGAUCAAAACGUUAUACGGCGUAAUAAGUUUCGUUUCGUCCUGAAGAAGCUUCAGAUUUUAUACGAUAUUUUUAUAGUACUAUCGAAAGAGAUCGCGAGCACGAUUGGAAGCAUAAUUGAGGAUAACUAUCGCUAAGUGACUCGUGUUCGAGAUCGAGAUCAGUAAUCGUUAAAAAAAUCACUUAUCCCCAUUUUUCCCUAAAUUUGAGAUGCUUCUCAUGGGAUGUUGAUGUUGAAAUUUUCUGGAUUAUGCAUUCCAUUUUGAUGGCAAUUGACCACUUUGACGAAACGGAUCUUUUGAUUUAGUACAAGAGAGUUAUUUUGCAGGAUAAUAUGAUUUGCCUUAUACUCCGGUUAAAAUCCUUGGACGAGAAGACUCCAGUCGUUUGUCGUAUGCAAAUGAUGGUGACGUUAGGAAUUGGGUCGGAGGAUUUUUUAAACAAUUUUCUUUAUCCGUUAGUUUAAAAGAUGUAUAGGUAUGUUGGCACUAGAACGUUUGCGCGUGUAAAAAUGAUGCAGCAACUGCAUAGGUUAAAGUAUAGUAACAGUCUAUGUGUAAGAUGAAAUUAUGUACGUAUACUUCUAGUCAGUAAAUUUUAUGUGCGAUGUGUGUAUAAGAGAACAAGUAAUUAGCGACAUACAAUGCCAAAGCAUAGGAAACACCAUCAUGCACGCUAUGUAACAAUAUGUACGAUUAUUAGAAACAUAUCCCACAGAGUAUAUAUAUAUAUAUAUCUGGAGUAAACAAGUAGAAAUUUGGUCGUUUUAUCAUCCAAGUAAAUAAUAUUUCCGGAUGUUUAAAAAAAAAAUCUGAAUUAUAUUCAGAGAUGACCCUGCAGGAGUGAUUGUGAUAACGAUUGUGUAUACCGCGCUUUUAUACAGAUCUAUAUUUGUAUAUAUUUUUUAAUUCGGGUACACUUAAAAGUCGUACUGCACGAGAGGCGUUGAGACUUUAUUUUCAGUCCAUAAGAGUAAUCACAGGCAUUCCAGUUUCACAGUGAAAAAUGUAUUACUACUCCCUAUGCCACUUUCUUUGAAACUUUUUCUACGGCGGUACGAAGUGAGACUACGGUACACAACAUCAAGGGAGUCUCGAAUUUCGUAAUACUUUCCUUCCCCGUGACUAAAUCUUGUACGCGAUCACGAUUAACACAUUGUUAACUUUACUCGUCCGAUAUACUUUUAAACGCGCGUGGAGUGUAAUAUUAAAAUAAAAACGGUGUCAUGCACUAAUCCGUAAGAUGCUCCCGGUAAGAAAAUUCGACGGAAUAUUUUCUUAUAGUAACCAUCUAAGGAUAGAAAAAAAAGUAAUUAAACUACACGCGUAUAUGUAUCCAUGCAUAAGCAUAAACGAAUGUUAAUACCCGUUGUACCAGAAAUGUAUGUACGUGUACUGUAACCCACGUGACGCAUCCGGCAC